AGUCGAGGCGGGGGGAACCGCGGAGCCUGAAGCGCCGGCGCCAGCGCGAGGAUGUCGGACCCGGCCCCGGAUUACAUCCACCACCUGCCCGCCUACAUCAUGCACGACUUCUGCGCCGUCAUGGACUCGCUCGACUGCGUCGACUGGCGGCGAUUCGCCUCGUCGGUGGUGAGCGACAUGACGGACCUCCGGCUGCUGGCAAAUCGCGGGGACCUGGGGCGUACAGAGAACGUCAUGUGGUACUGGAUUAACCGCAACGGCACGGUGGGGCAACUGGUCGACCUCCUGGCCAACCUGAACCUGUGGAGACCUCGGGAGAUCAUCUUGCAAUGUGAGUCUCAGUUUCAGAUCGCCUUACUGUCACGUGUGCCGAGAACCGCCGGCCCCCCCCGCCCAGCCCCCCCGCCAGCCCGGGGGUCCGCCUCCGCGAAGAAUAUGCCAACCGCCCCGCCUGGGUCAAGAGCGAAGAGACGCAAGCUGAGCGAGAGAGAGACGGCGACCAUCGAUCCCCCCGAGCUGAAGAAUGUUCUGCCUCGCCCCCCCUCACCACCAGGCAGCUUGUUUACAGUCCCUGGCGAGCUUCGGGGGACUGAGGCGUCCGGCUCAGAGUCGCUGCCGCCGCCGCCCGUCACGGCGAGCGUGUUCCAAUGGCCCCUCGGCGAACUGCGAGCCGGCACCCGCAACUUUGCCGAGGAUCGGAAGCUCGGCGAAGGCGGCUUUGGCUGCGUCUAUCGCGGGCUGAUGCGGCACACCGAAUUCGCGGUGAAACGGCUGAAAAAGGAUUCCGAUCUGGACUGGGCGACAGUACAAAAGAGUUUCUACACCGAGCUGGAAAAGCUGUACCUGUACCGACACCCGAACAUCAUGGAGCUGGCUGGGUGCUGCGUAGAGGACGGCAUCUACUGCCUGGUCUACAGCUACAUGCCCAACGGCUCCCUGCAGGAGCGUCUCCAGUGUCAGGACGGCACCGCCCCCCUGUCCUGGCUCCAGCGGCUUGAGGUGGUGCUGGGGGCCGCUCGGGCCAUCCAGUUCCUGCACGGCAGCCGGCCCAGCCUCAUUCACGGCGAUGUCAAGAGCUCCAACAUCCUGCUGGACGAACACUUCGUGGCCAAGCUGGGGGACUUUGGCCUGGCGCGGUUCAGCCGCUACUCCAGCGGGCGCGAGGGCAGCUGCACGGUGGGCAGCACGCGGAAUCUGCGGGGAACCCUGGCCUACCUGCCCGACGAGUACAUCAUGUCUGGCCAGCUCGCCCUCGAGCUCGACACCUACAGCUUUGGCGUGGUUCUGCUGGAGAUCCUGACCGGAAGAAAGGCCCUGGAGCAGGAGAUCUCGGCAAAAUCCAAGUUCCUGAAGGACGUGAUCGAGGAGGCGGAGGAAGAAGAGGAGAAGGAGGAAAGCACGGGGAGGACGGACACGGCGGUGCCGCGGGGGCAGCGAGUCGUCGCCAGAGUUUGCCGCGUUCACCUGGACGGAGCAGCGGGAGCCUGCCCACCCGACCUCCCCCCUCGCCUCUGCAUCCUCGCGUCCGAGUGCCUCAACCGCAAGCGGAACCGGAGACCCAAGAUGACUCGGGUCUACGAGAGGCUGGAGGAGCUGAGAGACUCGCUGCGGACUGCCCGCGCGCAUCGUGAAUCGGCGCCGACGGUGCCACCAGUCCCGGAGACGGGGCGGGCGGUGAUGGGACUGGCGGACAGAUUGCAACGCAGCUCGCUCAGCCCCACGGAGAACACCUACCGUUUCGGCGGCGGCGGCGAGGUGCCCGCACGUUGCCCGUUCAGCUCGGACUCCCUCGGCUCGUCCCCUCCCUUCCUCCGCAGCUCGGACUCGCUGGCCGGCGGAGACGCCAGCGGAUAUUCCGGUGCCUAUUCCUCCUCCCCCUCCGCCUUCUCCUCCGCCUCCGCCUCCGCCUCCCUCCCAAGCCCGCGCCACCCGGUGGAAUCCGACGAGAGUUCGACCGAUCACGGCGGUGGCGGCGUUUGCCGGCGGCAGUUCUGGUCGCCGGACAGUGGCGCCGUGCCGGGGGAUCACCGCCAAUCGCCCCUCUCCACCAACUCCGAAGCCUCAUCCUUGCCCUCGAGGACCAUCGUGGUGAACUGUGCCAAGCAGAAGAUCCUGCAGCAGUUGGAGCUGUACAAGGCCGGGCAGAUCGACAGCGGCGAGAUGCUAUCCUUUACGCCCAGACCAGACAGCUGGUCAGGGACGUUUCGCAGAGCACCAGAGGAAAGCGACGAGUUUGACUGAGGGGGGGGGUCCGAGACUGCCAAACCCCCCCCCCCCC